CCAGUCGCCCCUCUGUCUCUCUCAGUCUUUCUUUGCCUGUAAAUGUGUCACACUAUGACUCGAAUUUCUUCCCUUCUCUGGCUUUGCCAUGUCUGUGUUUUUAACAUUUCUGUAGCCAAAGUGUGCACACUACAAAACAGUUUCCAUCCAGGCUUCAUGGCUGAGGGAGACUUUGUAAUUGGGGGGAUCUUUCCCCUUCAUUAUAACCAGGAGAUGCCAGACCUGAACUGCACCUACAAACCUCCACCGGUGAAGUGCAAUGGAUUUGAUCCCAGGGCAUUCCGCUGGGCUCAGACAAUGAGACUAGCUGUGGAGGAGAUCAACCACAGUUCAGAGCUACUAACCAAUUACACCUUAGGGUACAAAAUCCUAGAUUCGUGCGCAUAUCCACUGACCGGCCAGAGGGCUGCUCUGGCUGUGUUAAAUGGGAUGAGUGAGGAUGAUUCUCCAAUGUGCAGUAAUGCUUCUCCGCUGCUUGCCGUGAUUGGGGAAUCUGGAUCUGCACAGUCUAUUGUGGUCUCAAGAAUUCUACAGCCAUUUAGAAUCCCAAUGAUCAGCUACUUUUCAUCAUGUGCAUGUUUUAGUGACAGAAAAAAAUAUCCCACCUUUUUCAGAGUAAUUCCUAACGAUGACUAUCAGGUGAAGGCCAUUGCUCAGCUGCUGGUUAGAUUCAACUGGACUUGGGUGGGGCUGGUGCGAGGGGAUCACGAGUAUGGCCGCUUUGCUGUGCAAGGGUUGCUGAAAGAGUUACAGGGAACCAAAGUGUGUGUGGCCUACCAGGAAAUGAUCCCUCUACUCUACAAUCGCCGCAGGGGACUGGAGAUCAUGGAGGUGAUGCGUAGCUCUUCAGCAAAAGUGGUGGUCGUCUUUUCAGCUGAGGGAGAGAUGACUCCAUUUUUGAAAGACUACAUGACUCAGAAUAUUACUGGAAUUCAGUGGGUGGCCAGUGAGGCCUGGGUCACAGCAUCUGUAUUCUCAGGGAGCGAGUAUUAUCCCCACCUGGGUGGCACCAUUGGCUUUGGCAUCAAAAAAGGUUACAUCACCAGACUGGGUGACUACCUGCAGACAGUGAACCCUGCCAUGUAUCCUGACAACCCUCUUGUUCAAGAGCUGUGGGAGGCUCUGUAUGGGUGCAAUGCAAUUCCCUCCUCUCCCUCUCGUUUACCUCUCUGUUCCGGGCACGAAUUGCAGUUGCCACAGCAUUCAGCCUACAUGAAUAUAUCCAGCCCCCGGGUGGCUUAUAAUGUCUAUAAGGCAGUCUAUGCAAUAGCUCAUUCCCUCCACAACCUUCUUUUGUGUCAACCAGGCAGUGGCCCCUUCGAAAACAACUCAUGUGCCCAAAAUAACAACAUCUAUCCCUGGCAGCUGCAGUACUACAUCCAGGAAGUCACUUUUAACAUUGCCGGGGAGGAGGUGAACUUUGACCUGAAAGGUGACUCUGUACCUUAUUAUGAUGUCAUAAACUGGCAGAGGGGGACAGCUGGUAACAUUGAGUUUGUCACGGUGGGGCUGUAUGAUGGGACCAAGCCUACUGGAGAGGAGCUGAUGAUCCAGGAGGACAGGAUAAUGUGGGCUAGGCAUCAGAGUGAGGUGCCAGUGUCUGUGUGCGGUGCCAGCUGCCCUCCGGGGUCCAGGAAGGCUGUUCGUCGUGGGGAGCCUGUAUGCUGCUUUGACUGUGUACCAUGUGACAGCGGCAAAGUUAGCAAUCAGACAAACUCAAUAGAGUGCACAUUCUGUCCUGAUGAAUUCUGGUCAAACAAAGACAGAACAGCCUGCAUCUCCAAGGAGGUAGAGUUCCUGGCCUAUGAUUCCUUAGGUAUAACCCUUACAGUGAUUUCUGUGGUGGGCGCCUCCCUUACCAUAGCUGUCUGUGGGAUCUUCUUCUAUCACAGAAACACGGCCAUUGUCCGUGUAAACAAUUCUGAACUCAGCUUCUUCAUCCUGUUUGCGUUGGUGCUAUGUUUUCUCUGCUCGCUGGUGUUCAUUGGGGAGCCAACAGCUUGGUCCUGCAUGCUACGCCACACAAUUUUCAGCAUCACGUUCUCACUGUGCAUCUCGUGCAUCCUAGGGAAGACGCUAGUGGUCCUGGCCGCUUUCACUGCCACCAGGCCAGGGGACAACGUCAUGAAGUGGUUGGGCCCCAGGCAGCAGAGGGCUAUUAUUUUCAGCUGCACUCUGAUGCAGGUCAUCAUCUGUGCUGCCUGGCUCAUUGGCGCUCCUCCUCAACCAUUUCGAAAUACACAAUAUGAACACUCAAAGAUCAUCAUAGAGUGUAGUGUGGGUUCGACCCUUGCAUUCUGGUGCGUCCUGGGUUAUAUUGGUUUACAGGCUUGUCUGUGCUUUGUACUAGCUUUUCUGGCCCGGAAUUUGCCUGGCAACUUUAAUGAGGCCAAGUUCAUCACAUUUAGUAUGCUGAUAUUCUGUGCUGUGUGGCUGGCAUUCAUCCCUGCAUAUAUCAGCUCCCCUGGAAAAUAUGCUAAUGCUGUGGAGUCAUUUGCUAUUCUGGCUUCCAGCUUUGGAUUGUUGUUCUGUCUGUUUGCUUCAAAGUGUUACAUUAUUUUACUUAAGCCAGAAAAGAAUACAAAACAACACCUUAUGGGAAAGGAAAAGAAGUAAAGUAGUAGUACUAGAAGUAAGAAGUAAUUCUAUAGGUUUACAUUAAAAAUAUCUUAUUUUAUAUCUAUUCAGUAAUUAAUGUCACUAUAAGUAGCGAUUUAGGACAGUUGUAUGUACAGUAUAAUACGUAUUUGUACAUACUGUAUAGUGCAUUGUGCAAUUAAAUAAAUAGGAAAAUAAUAAAGGAAAAUAAAAUAAAAAAUAUUUACAUUUUUCACCAUGAACCCACUACAAAUGUGUACCUCAUGUCUGUAAUACAGUUACUGUGGUAAGCAGCAUUACUUAGUAUAUCCCCAACAAAACUGACGAGCUCAACACGCUCACAAGACAUCAGCACGAAUAUAGAGACAUGCGU